GCCUCCUACCCUCCCCAAAGUGUAGAGCUGGAGUGCGCCGGGGAGCGCGGCGGCGCCUCUGCCACCAAACUCCUGGGGCUCCGCGGUGUUCGGAUCCAUCUCUUCCCUAGUCCGCGGAAGCCUCACCAGGCUGCAGCUUCACUUUUUCCUCGUUUUUCUUUUUCUUUAAAAAGCACACCCCUCUCCACCCCCGCCUUCUGAUCACACAGCCCAGACAUUCCCGGGCUCAUCUCUCGGGGCAGCCCAUCUCUUCGGCUGCCCGUGACGACGCGCGCCCAACGUUGGGCGAAGCAAAGAAGAAAAACUUGUCGGAGGGGUUUCUCCAGCCUCCACUAACCCGCCCUCUGCCGCGAACCUCAACCAUCCGUGGGAGCCAGUCCUAAGUCUGGGAAAGUUCCUCCGGUGCUCAGCUCCCACUUGGAUCUGCAUGGCACGGGUGCUAGCUGUGGAAUUAGAUCUGUUUUGAACCCAGUGGAGCGCGUCGCGAGCGCUCGGAAGUCAUAGUCCUCGGAAGACCGGGUGGCGCUGCUUGUGAGGACCCGGGAGUUUGCCGGCCCGGCUGCAAGUGACCUUUCCUCCUCGAACUUGGUGGUCCUGUGUCGGCUGAGGGCUGCGAAGGUGGCAAGUUGAGGAGAGAGCCCCCGAAGUCCGGAGAGGACUAGUCUGCCCCUCCUUCGCUCGCCUCUGUUCUCUGCUACUGUGAGAGAAAGCCUAUCGAAACUGACCCAUUCCUCCGGAUCCCAUCCGAGACCCACCGCAGAGCUCGACCGCUAAACCCAUUCCCACAAAGAGCCCGGAGCCCAGGGCGGCAAAGACUCGCGGGGCAGGGGAGGGAGGUCGAGGCAGCAGCAUGGCGAGGUUCCUGAGGGCCGACUUGGCGGCAGCAGGAGUUAUACUACUUUGUCACUUUUUAAUCGACAGAUUCCAGUUCGCCCAAGGGGAGCCUGGAAAUCAAAUCACUGAUUGGAAGUAUGAUGUUUCAAAGGCCUUUCCUCAGAGAGACGACGGGGUGGAUGUGGACUCACAAGCAUACAGCCACAGAUGGAAAAGAAACUCGGACCCUUUCAAGGCAGUCGACACAAACAGAGCCAGCCUGGGUCAAGACUCAGCAGAGCCCAGAGGCUUCACUGACCUGCUACUGGAUGAUGGUCAGGACAACAACACCCAGAUCGAGGAGGACACAGAUCACAAUUACUACAUAUCUCGAAUAUAUGGCCCAACGGACUCUGCCAGCCGAGAUCUGUGGGUGAACAUAGACCAAAUGGAGAAAGACAAAGUGAAGAUUCAUGGGAUAUUGUCCAACACUCAUCGGCAAGCAGCGAGAGUGAAUCUGUCCUUCGAUUUUCCAUUUUAUGGUCAUUUUCUACGUGAAAUCACUGUGGCUACUGGGGGUUUCAUAUACACUGGAGAAGUUGUACACCGAAUGCUAACAGCCACACAGUAUAUAGCACCUUUAAUGGCAAAUUUUGAUCCUAGUGUAUCCAGAAACUCAACUGUCAGAUACUUUGAUAAUGGCACAGCACUUGUUGUCCAGUGGGACCAUGUUCACCUGCAGGAUAAUUACAACCUGGGAAGCUUCACAUUCCAGGCAACACUCCUCAUGGAUGGACGCAUCAUCUUUGGAUACAAAGAAAUACCUGUCUUGGUCACACAGAUAAGUUCCACCAACCAUCCAGUGAAAGUCGGGCUGUCUGAUGCGUUUGUCGUUGUCCACAGGAUCCAGCAAAUCCCCAAUGUUCGAAGAAGAACAAUUUAUGAAUAUCACCGAGUAGAACUACAAAUGUCAAAAAUUACCAACAUUUCAGCUGUGGAGAUGACCCCACUCCCCACAUGUCUGCAGUUCAAUGGUUGUGGUCCUUGUGUAUCCUCUCAGAUUGGCUUCAACUGCAGUUGGUGUAGUAAACUUCAAAGAUGCUCUAGUGGAUUUGACCGCCAUCGGCAGGACUGGGUGGACAGUGGAUGUCCAGAAGAAGUGCAGUCAAAGGAGAAGAUGUGUGAGAAUACAGAGCCAGCGGAGAGUUCUCAAACCACCACAGCCUCACACACAACCACACAAUUCAGGGUCCUGACCACCACCAGGAGAGCCGUGACAUCCCAGCUGCCAACCAGCCUGCCCACGGAAGAUGACACAAAGAUAGCCCUGCAUCUCAAAGAUAAUGGAGCCUCUACAGACGACAGUGCAGCUGAGAAGAAAGGAGGAAGCCUCCAUGCGGGCCUCAUUGUUGGAAUCCUGAUCCUGAUCCUCAUUAUAGCAGCAGCCAUUCUGGUGACCGUUUAUAUGUAUCAUCACCCAACAUCAGCAGCCAGCAUCUUCUUCAUUGAGAGACGCCCAAGCAGAUGGCCAGCAAUGAAGUUUCGAAGAGGAUCAGGACACCCUGCCUAUGCGGAAGUUGAGCCCGUUGGAGAGAAAGAAGGUUUUAUUGUGUCAGAGCAGUGCUAAAAUUUUAGGACAGAGCAGCACCAGUACUGGCUUACAGGUGUUACGACUAAACUUUGCUUAUACCUUUAAAACAGACACACACCACAGCCACACACAAAGGAGCCCUAAACUGCUGUAGCCAGAAGGGAGACAAGAUUUCUGGACGAGCCCAGCCCAGGAACACUGAAAGGAAAACUCAGACUUGUACAAGACAACAUGUACACUGAUUAUAACAUUCCCUACUGGAAUGACAUCCAUGGUUCACGAAGAACAUCUCCUGGGGACUUGCCAGAAGUGUGACAAGAUGACAAUGUUUUGGUUUAGGUGCAGGGUUGCAAAGGGAUCAAGGAAAAAUAAUGAUAAUAAAUAAAGCUUUAGUUCACAAGGGAUUUACACCUUUGGUUCAAAUGUUCUCUGAUGUCUCAAAGAUAACCAUGUUUUGGAGUCCAAAUGUUUUCACUGGAAAGAGCAAUGAUGAAUGCUUCAAGAUUGCUGGGAAAAAAAAGGCUCACAUGGGAGCAAAACCAAACAGAAACAGAGGUUUCUCCAUCUUUUCCAAACAAACUUACGGCAAAAAGAAUUUUAGUUUUUGCUCUAAAUCCAGAUGCUUCACCAGGUUCAUUACUUCUCAGGAUGAACCUUUCAUCUGUUUGGAAGUUCGCUAUGCCUGCCUCUUCCUGGGUAAUGAGCACCUUCUCUGUGGCUGUGGCACAAUUUCCAAAUGCUAAGCUGAGGACUAGAGAGGAGGGCACAGCCGGUGAGGGUUUCCGUUCUCUCACUUCAGAAUAAAAUGAGUUUUGUUGUCAGGGGUGCUGCCUCCUCUCCCACCUGGGCUCCUGAGAAGCUUCAUUUAAUCUUGGCUAAUGGAAACAGACAGAAAUAACAGGAAGCAUUAGGCGGUCAUUUUUUGAGACAAAUAUCUUAAGGGAUUUGAACACUGUUAUUUUGAAAGUUCACCAUGUCUGUAUGACAAACCCGUUUCACUGUCAAUACCUGUCUAAGAAAUCAUUCAAGUGAACAUAUUCCUGGUGAUAGGGGGAAAAUAACAGAAUGAAAUAACCCUGCUGAAUCACACAGUAAUUUUCUUUAAAGCACAUAGUAGUUACAUAAAUAUAUAUAUAAAUAUAUUUUUGUUUAUAACUAACACAAGGCAGGUUCUUGUGGCUCUAAAGAGUGUAUUUUGUCAUCAAGACAAAACAAAUGCAAGAUGAAUCAUGGCAUUCCUCCCACAACACUGUAAGAUAAUCCUUAAUAUUAGCAUAUUUUUAUGUCACUUCCGGAAGUGCUUCAUUUACUUGCAGCAUGCCUUGUUUUGCCACCUAUUGGAUCCACUUUUCCAUUCAUUCCAACCACCUCUCUCCUUGAUUCAAAGAAGCAGUUGUAAAUGUCCCUUGAGUGGAGUUAUCAUUGAUACUCUGAUUGCAAUCCAAACUUUGAAAAAUUCCCAAAAGAGAAGAAAGAAAAUGUACCAGUCAAAAAGGAAAGUUGUUAAUGUAAACAAUAUCACUAAACCUGAGAUUCUCAGGUGUAGAAUUCUGCCAACUACUAUACCUGUAAACCUUUGGCAUUUUGUACCAAAAAAAAAAAUUCUAGUUCUUACAAGGUACAGCAUUCAACAUUUGCAGAUUUUUGCAGAUUCAAGUUACAAAAAGCAAGGGUUCCCAGUAGUAGCACUUCACUGACAGUUUGCAAUCUAUGUAUGAUGUCUACACUGGACAGCAUCCAUCCCCUAACAGAGUGUCACAUUAUCAUCUCCAGUGUCCGGCAUAAGUGAGGGCUCUUUUCUGCCACAUGUAUUUUGCUUUACACCUUGAAGUAUUUGAAGACGGUAACUUUUCCCUAACCUCAGAUAAAACUAUCAGAAAACAAAGGUAGACGAGCAGCAUGAUUGUAGGAUGUGAUGACAAUCUGUGCCCCAGGUAUGCUCAAGCAAUAAGAAAUAUCUCAGCUUAUUCGUGUUGGUGUAAUUCUGGUGAGAAAACAGUAUCCAAAUGACUUGCCAAUGUAACUGGUGCAACUGGUAUUUUACAGACACAUAAGGUAUACAUAGACGACUUUCCUUUUAGGAUAAGAUGAUGCUUUCACAAGCUUUGAUAAUAAGCCUGGCUUCCAAAAGCAAUGGAUUGGCAGCCACAUAAUCUCAUUGCAUCUGCACCUCACUCAACGUAGUUCCUACAAGUAGUAAUGUUAUCUUUAUGCCCUUCAAAGCUCAUCUUCCAUUUUUAAUUAAAACCAUUGAUAAUUCUUUUAAAUGAAUACAGAAGACCCUCUGACUUACUCAGUGUAUCAAAGCACCAAGUAACAGAGAAAUUGGAAGUAAGAAGGUUUCUAAGUUAUGUGGAAACUUUCUAAGAUAGCUGAGAGAGAGAAUAGGGAGUUCUGCAUUGUAUGAAUCCACAAAAAUUCUGGUAGAGUCUCUUUGCUCUAUGAAACUUUAAUUCUGUUUGUACUUCUGGUCUGUUCUUGAAUCUGUUUACUUCAGAGGAAGGGUACAGAGGGGUUCUAGAAAUUUCAAAAAGGAGUCCAGUAUUGUGGACUUUAUAUGGAUUAUGUAUUACAAAGGAUAGACACAAGUACCUUAGUCAAUAUUCUGUGAGCAUGAAGAGAGGAUGUCAAUGGUGUUCUUCUGAGAAGAAUAACAAUGGGAUGCAUACAACCAUAAGAAGAAACCAGGGAAAUGGUCCUGCAAGGGAACUUAGCUAUCUUACCUGAACUGCAAGAGUAAGGAUCAGUGAUCAGAGCUGCAAAUCAUCCAACCCAAUGGUUCAGGCUUGUCUGUGAAUGACUGGGACCUUAAAGAGCACUAACAAAUGGAAAGAUGAAGAUUAGUGGCCAAUGGCAAUUGAGCACAAAUGUUUUUCUGUAGGGUUUCUAGGGUAUUUGGUAGACUCUCAAAUGUAUGAGGUAGAGAGUUGCUGUCCACUAUUGAAUCUACUAGCCAAUUAUGGCUAAUGAUUUUUAAAUUAAAUACAAUUUAUAUUCAAUAUUCUGGUCACAUUUCAAGUGACCCAUAGCCACACAUGGCUCAUGACUACCAUUGUAGGCUACACACAACAUUCUAGCAAUGCAGAAAAUUUUUCUAUAAAGUACUAUAGUGUUUCAAUUGAACUAUUUGUUCUUGAAGAAAAUAGUAGAAUGAAGAAAAAAGGGAAGGAAGGAAGGAAGGAAGGAAGGAAGGAAGGAAGGAAGGAAGGAAGGAAGGAAAUAAGAAAUAUGAUAGCUCCAAACACAUCCAUUUUUUCUUAUAAUCUAAAAGAGACCACAAAGAGGAAUAAAGACAAGACCAGUUGACAUGGCUUUGUGUCUUUAUAGCGUUUUCUUGGAAAAAAAAUCACUUCAACUUCCAUGAAUCUCAAUUUUCAAGUUGGAAAUUUUUUUUAAAUAUGUUGUCCCAUGUUUUUUUUUGCAAGGUUGUUUUGCAGAAUGAUUAAAUAUACAGAUUGUAAAGACUUUCAAAUACUGACAUCAAUGUAAUCUGUGAAGCACAUCUGUAGGGCCAAGACUAAAUUGUGCACAAAGGAAGAAUAGUUCAUUAUUCCAAAAAGCAACUAAAGACAAUCGAGGCAAUACAUUCUUGAGGAAAUGCCAAAGCACAUAGCAAAACUGCUUGAAUUUCUUUUUCGCCAUUUUUUUUUCAUUUUGUCCAUGUAUUUUCUUUCCUGGCUCUUUUUCUUACUUGCCCACUUGCUGUGUCUCUUCCACUUGCCUGGGCUCUUUCUUAUGUGGAGUCACUUGGUGCCUUUGUUUUUCUGCUUUUACACUUUUCUCUUCAUAAUAAAAGGAAUCCCAGGAUCCUAGCAGAGGCUGUGAAAACACAGCAAAUGAUAAUGCAAGCAUUAGUUAUCUCACAUUUAUUUCAUUUCUAUUACAAACGUAAGGAGCUACGAAGUAAAAACAUAAAAUAUGGUAGAGACUUGUUUUUUAAUGUAAAUUCUGCAAAUGAAGAUUUUAUAAAAAGGAAUAAAACACUUUAAAGUAUGAUCACGUCCAGAUAAUAUAUGGUGUGGGAAGGCAUCUCAUACGUUUUAUUGAUAAGAAAACCAAGGCUUAAAUAAAUAUAAUAAGUCUUUCUGUUGUCAAAAGCGGGUUUUGAACUUAAAAUUUUCAAUUGGUCUUUUUUGUUUCAAUUGUUAUUGCUUUCAUUUCUCUGUAAGUAAUUAAGACAAACAAACAGCUUAAAGGCAUAAUCCAUGACAAAAUCAACUUUAUCUCCUGUAGGGAUGAUCUCUAUAUCUUAUAUAAUAGUAUGAAACAUGAAACAAUUUUCGUGGAUCCUGUUACUAUCUUAAGAAUGUUGUUAUUCUGUUUCAAAUUCUAUCUCUCAUAGGGUCCUUAUGUGUCCUCUCUCCACCUUCUUUGCUGUGGUCCUCAGGUUAGCAAUGCUAUUUAUCUUUGUUAUUUAAGUGUUCUUAUGCCUUUGUUUCAUUCCUACUCAAUUGUAUUUGAAAACUAAUACUGUUUACUGAUGAAUUCGCACCUCAUAGAAAAUCAGUUUAUACUUGUUCAUGAAAACUAUUCAGAAACUGUGUCCUGAGAUGGUCUUAUGGGAAAAUUUGACAUCAGAGGUGUUACCUACGAUAUACUCAUAUCAUUGUGUUUUUAUAAAGCACUUUACAUUUUACAGAGUA